GCAACCUGCCAACCUCCUUCUGGGCUUCAGAACGCCGAAGGACGCUCCGAUCUCGAAAGCUGCUGUAGCUCCGGGCUGUGCAGACUGCGCCUCUAGAUUUGCUAGUAAAGUCAUUUAAAAAUUAUAGACAGAAAACUGUGACGAUGUUGGGGAACUUCGUACGACUGCGAAACCACGCCACGAAGGAGACUGAUGUCGACCGGCUGCACACCAACGUGAGCGGCAGACAACAGUCGUCUCAGUGUGGACAGAAAGCGUGUCUUGGCAGUGUUGUGGCUCUACCGGGAGGAGACGCGAAAGCGCCGAGGGCGAGAGAGGAUAUACUCAAACAUGCCAACGAUUUCCUCGAGCAGUACUACUCGUCGAUGCGCCGGGCAGACAGUCAGGAGUACAGGACUCGUUUGGAGAAAGUGCAGCACGAGGUGGCAGCUAUAGGGACUUACCGGCUGACGAGUGAUGAGCUAGCGUACGGAGCCAAGCUCGCCUGGAGAAACUCAGUGCGCUGUAUUGGUCGCAUACAGUGGGCAAACUUACAGGUUUUCGACUGCCGACACGUGACGACAGCCAAGGGAAUGUUUGAAGCACUCUGCAAGCACAUAGAGUUUAGCACAAACAACGGGAAUAUAAAGUCUGCGAUAACUGUGUUCCCCCAGCGCACGGACGGGAAGCAUGACUACAGGGUCUGGAACAACCAGUUGAUCAAUUUUGCUGGAUACAAGAAUGAAGACGGGAGCGUCACAGGAGACCCCGUCAAUGUGGAGUUCACAGAGGUGUGCCUAAAGCUGGGAUGGAAGAGUCCACGCACGAACUUCGACGUUCUGCCACUGGUGCUGUCUGCAAAUGGAGAGGAUCCAGAGAUCUUUGACAUCCCACCAGAGCUGGUCCUGCGGGUACCACUCUCACAUCCAACGUAUGACUGGUUCAAGGAGCUGGGUCUGCAGUGGUUCGCGCUGCCAGCAGUGUCGGGAAUGAUGUUUGACUGUGGAGGAAUCGAAUUCACCGCUGCUCCUUUCAACGGCUGGUACAUGAGCACGGAAAUUGGUUGUCGCAAUCUCUGUGAUGCUCACAGAUACAAUAUGCUUGAGACGGUAGCCACACGAAUGGGUUUGGAUACGCGCACUGCAGUUACGUUAUGGAAGGACAAGGCGCUAGUAGAAGUCAAUGUUGCCGUAUUGCACAGCUUUCAGUUGAAAUCGGUGACGAUUGUGGACCAUCAUACAGCUUCUGAGAGUUUCAUGAAGCACUACAAGAACGAAAUGCGACUGCGCAAGGGAUGUCCAGCUGACUGGGUGUGGAUUGUGCCACCCAUCUCAGGGUCUGUGUGCCCUGUGUACCACCAAGAGAUGGCGAUGUACCUGCUUAAGCCCUCCUACGAUUACCAGGAUCCUGCUUGGAAGUCACACGUGUGGAAGAGUUGUACUUAUAACAGAAUAAUGAGCAAGCCAUCUCGAAGAUUUAAUUUCAAACAAAUUGCCAGGGUAGCUCUGUUCUCUUCGAAGCUGUUUGUACGUGUGCUGUCAGCGCGCAUCAAGGCCACAAUCCUGUACGCCACAGAGACUGGCAGGUCCGAGACGUUCGCCAAGAAACUUGGCGAGAUUUUUGGCCAUGUGUUCAACGUGCAGGUAUGCUGCAUGGAUGACUACGACAUGAACAGUAUUGAGCAAGAGACGUUAAUACUCAUUGUCACUUCAACAUUCGGCAAUGGCGAUCCACCAGAGAAUGGAAAGAGAUUCAUUCACGAUCUCUGUGCAAUGAAGAAAAUGGAAGACAUCUCACAAAACUCAGCAAAUAAAGAAAUUUAUGAAUGCUCGGACACAUUCAGAAUGGCGAUCUCAAGGUCACUCAUUGGGGUGAAUGACUGCACCGACACGGACAUGCUGGACGAGGGCAAGACAUCCACCACGGGCAUCGACUCCCCGAGAGGAUCCUCUGACGACAGUGGUGUCCUCUCGGAAAGCAGUGCUGCUGGACCUCUCAGCAGCGUGAGAUUUGCUGUCUUUGCACUUGGUUCACGUGCCUAUCCCAAUUUCUGUGCAUUUGGAAAAUAUGUAGACAACAUACUUGGAGAACUUGGAGGGGAGAGGAUAGCUGAUGUAUGUAAGGCAGAUGAACUGUGUGGUCAAGAGCAGACUUUCAGGAAAUGGGCAGCCAACAUUUUUACUCUUGCUUGUGAAGCAUUCUGUAUUGAUGCUGACGAAACACUCCUGAAGGUGACAAAAUCCUUAACAACUGCAACACUGUCAGCCACUACAGUAAGACUUGUGCACGCAAAAGAGGAUAGCCUGUUAAAAGCUCUGUCAGCAUUUCACAACAAGCAAGCAUCCGUUUGCAGGCUCAUAAAAAAGACUAACCUUCAUCAUGAGGAUGUAAGUCAUACUACAAUUCUACUUCAGCUGAAGACUGAUCUCACAUACUUACCUGGUGAUCAUGUUGCUGUUUUCCCAUGCAACAGGCCUGGACUUGUCAAUGGGAUUCUGGAACGUAUACAUUUUCAGCAUGACCCUGAUCAACCUGUUGAGCUUCAAAUGCUGAAUGAAGCAUAUACAUCCAAUGGUGCUCUUGAGAUGUGGAAACCAGCAAGACAUCUCCCACACUGUUCCCUGAGGACUCUUCUCACACGCUUCUUGGAUAUCACCACACCCCCCACACCACAGCUGCUGCAGCAUUUUGCCAGUAUUGCGACUAAUGCAGAGGAUCAGAAGAACUUGAUUCUUCUAGCUAAGGAACCUGCAGCAUAUGAAAAAUGGAGACAAUGGCGAUUUCCACAUUUACUGGAAGUCCUGGAACAAUUCCCAUCUGUUCACCCAUCUGCGGCUGUCUUAGCAGCUCAUCUGGAUCCACUACAACCGAGAUUCUAUAGCAUAUCAUCUUCUCCAGAUGUGUAUCAAAAAGAAAUGCACAUAACAGCAGCUGUUGUUGUUUACCGAACACAAGGUGGUGGAGGGCCAUUACAUUUUGGUGUAUGUUCAAAUUAUCUGCAUGACAUCGGCAAAGAUGAUGAAAUAUAUGCAUACGUAAGGAGCGCUCCAAAUUUUCAUAUGCCAAAAGAAAACACCAAGCCUGUUAUCAUGAUUGGACCAGGCACAGGAAUUGCUCCUUUUAGAGGAUUUUGGCAGCAGCGAAUGGCAGAACUACAAGCAUCUCAAAAAGGUCCAGAAAAUUUUGGGAAAAUGUGGCUCUUUUUCGGCUGUCGCCAUCGAUCACUAGAUCUUUACAGAGAAGAAAAGACACGUUUGGUGGAAGAUGGUGUACUGGACAAAGUAUAUCUUGCCCUCUCACGUGAGGCUAAUGUGCCAAAGACCUAUGUUCAAGACCUGCUUCAAAAAGAGGCUUUUGAGAUUUACAAGAAAGUUAUGGAUGAGGAUUGUCAUUUCUAUGUCUGUGGUGAUUGCACAAUGGCUGAAGAUGUUUAUCAGACAAUGAAGAAAAUUAUUCAGCAACACAGCACAAUGACAGAUGGAGAGAUAGAGAACUACAUGGUGAAAAUGAGGGAUGAGAAUCGAUAUCAUGAGGACAUCUUUGGAAUAACAGUAUCAACAGCAGAAGUGAGAAAUAGAUCGAGGGUGACAUCUAGGGUUCACAUAGGUGCGCAGCCAUAAUCUUCUUCUGAAAUGUAUUUCCAAGUGGAAAAAUGAAUUAUCAAUUAAAGAUCGCCCAGUCCUUUAUGCAUAAGGGGGCAUUGCUUCCUGCAUAGAGGUGUCAUUUACAGUGUCUGUGCCUAGGUACAUGACAUGUCAAGAGGAAGAUAAGAAGCAAACUGGAAGUGUAUACACAGAUUCUGUUGUAUGUAACACAUUAUACUGAUUACAGUUAAAACUUCAGUCACAAUUCAUGCCCAACUUAAAAGUUUGUGUAUGCUAGUUUGUCAGAUUCCCAAUUGUACAUUGCAUUUGCAGUUACCCUAAACACAACACAAAGCUUUCCUUUAUUUUAGGAAUUCACAAAUCAACAUUUAAUUUGUGUGUUUUAGUCAUACUUUAUUUUUUAUAAUGUUCUUUGCUUGUAAGAAAGAUAGACCACAUUGUUUUCUUACAGAUGUGAUGACUAUACUGACUGACAAUUGUUGAAAAGUUUGCUCCUGCUAUUAAUAUAACUGAGCUACUGGCUCCAAGAGCAGAUUUGUUAUAAUAUUUCACAUUUCAGCUGACAGUGACAGGUCUGGAACCUUCCUUCAACCUGUAAACAUUCUGUCUUAACAUUUUCUUGCCACACUACUUAAUUGGCAAAAUCUUGUUUAUUGUGACUAUGAUGUAUAAUUCAGUCUCACUGUUUUACAUCCAACUUUUAUCAUAUUUAUGACUUUAGAAUUUUUAAUUUUGUUUUCUGUAUUUUGGAAACAUUUUUGUUCUUUGUACAACACUUUCACAAGCUUCUUAAUUUUUAAACACACAGAGUGGUGACAACUUUGUCACUGCCAUGUAGUAGGUGUUCCCAGACUUGGGGUGGGGGGGGUGGGGGAGGGGGGGGGGGGAGUGUGCAGGAUUUUUGCUAAUAAGGAAAGCUUCAUGUUUUUGUUUGAAAACAUUUCUAAGCUUACAACUCAUUGAAGAAUUGGCUCAUCACUGAUCACUAUGACAGCCUUUGCUGUAAGACCAAAUUUACUUUUGUUAACUACAUCCUAGGAGGUAGAAGAGGCUUCCUGGCUUAAAAAUCACACCAUACCUAACUUGAAAAACAAUCACAUAUAAGUCACUCAAUUUCACACCAUAAUUAUAAUAGUUAACAACCGGCUCAUUAAAAUAUACACACUCCGGUACUAGAUGCAAUAUUUCUUGGCACCAUAAUUUUACUUAAGUAUGUUUGUUUCUUGUGAACCAUCAGUGGUACAUCUACCACUAUCUGGAACCCCACUCUGUAACACUAAUUCCCUUUAUUUUGUUUCCAAGUACUAUUAUGAUGAAUUACUUAUGCAAAUAAGGCAUACAGGAGCAAAAAUUGAUGAUAUUAUUUCAUUUGGUUAUGGGCUUUUACAGGUAUUGCUAGUUGACAAACGGUUGUCAGAUGUCUGAAGUGCAAUUGUUUUAGUGAAGCUGACUGUGAUAUCUGUAAAGUAUAACGUCAUGUCAUAGGUUUUCAAUGAUAAUAAGAUAUGGGAGAAAAUAUUAAAUCUAGUGUUAGUACAAAGGUUCUAUAAAAUACCAAGAGGCACUGAAGCUUAAAAUGUCCAUAUAAUGGGCAGAUCAUUAUGACUAUUAGCAAAAAUUAAUGAUUCUCCCAAAGUUCUACUUUGUGACACAGUUCUUUUAAAUGCUCAUGCUGUGUGAAGUAAAAUAAAAAACAACAGUUCCUUUCAAAUUAUUAGUAUGACUGACUGAAGGUGAUACAUCAGAAUAGCUGUAGCACUUCCUGUUACCAGAGAUUGAAGUCUGACUGCACUGGAAUUCCAGUUUCUAUGUAUCCAAUUAUAUAAUUAUGUACCUUUAUUUAUAUUCAUUACAUUUUAGAAGGAAUUAGCUUGAAAUGGGUAAACUGUGUUUUAAAAUUAUUUUUAAUAUGUUGUCACAAAUGUUAAAAAUAAAUCUAUUACAGAGAUC